AUGAUGGAUACAUGCGAACACAACAAAAAGGAUAUUUCAAAAGUAUUCGCUUUUCUGCGAGCUCAACUUCAAACUAAAGAAAAAGAAUUACUUGAAUUACAACGAGUUAAUCCAUGUUUAUUAGCACCUGACUCAGAUCAGAUCGGCAUGGUGGUUGAUGCAAUCGCUUCUCUUGAAUUGUCUACUCAAGAAGGAUCAUUUGUUUUUGCAUCGACUUCUGUUUACGAUGAUGCCCUACUCUGUACGUACGAUUGUUCAACUGGUUUGAACUCAAUCAAAACUCUUCCAUCUUCAGUUUGGCUUGCACAAUCGAAUCCAGUGAAACAAAAAAAUGAGCAACAAUCAUUCAUAUUUAGCCAUCUUUUAUCAUUACCUAUCAACGCUUAUCUAGCAUCAUCGUCUCCAUUUUUCGGAACAACAGCUAAAACACAAAAUCAAUCAUUAAAUCGUAUACCUAUGAUUAAUCCCUUACUCUUUAUGCCUAUUGAUACCUUCAAAGCAUCUUCUAAAAUUUCUAUGUCGACUACACUCAAAGAUAAUAAAAAUGUGCAAAACAAUGUGUCAUCAACAUCAGAAAAACCGAAGAGUAUAUUGAAUAGCGAGGUGAUUUUUUCGAAAGAAUAUUGGCUUCAAGACAACCAAAAUGUAUCGUCUACAGCAGAUAAAAUAUCUUGUCGUACUUGA